GUGGUGAUUGGUCGCAUCCUCCAGUGCGGACUUUUCCGUCACAGCGCCAGAAAGCGGGGCGGGUGGUCGGGAACGGAAUCGCGGAGGGAAGAUGGCGCCCGCAGCUGCUGCAAGCGGGGAACGGGGAUUGAAGAGCUUGGUGUGGCAGAAACUAAAAACAUCAGUGUUUGAUGAUUGUAAGAAAGAAGAAGAAUGGAAGAUAAUUCUUCUAGAUGACUUCACCACAAAACUUAUGUCGUCAUGUAGUAAAAUGACAGACUUAUUAGCAGAAGGGAUCACUGUUGUGGAGAAUGUUUACAAAAACCGUGAGCCAGUUCCUCAUAUGAAAGCCAUUUAUCUCAUCACCCCCACCACAAAGUCUGUAGAUGGACUUAUAAAUGACUUUGUAGGUACCAGCAAAUACAAAGCAGCAUAUGUCUACUUUACUGAUUUUUGUGAUGACAAACUCUUCAAUAAAAUGAAGUUGAGUUGUUCAAAGGCUAUAAGACGGUGCAAAGAAAUAAAUAUAAACUUUCUCCCUUAUGAAUCACAGGUAUUUACUCUUGAUGUCCCCAAUGCAUUCUAUCGCUGCUACAGUCCCAAUGUGGAGAGUACAAGUGAGCCUGCAUCAACACUGGAACAAAUAGCUGAGCAAAUAGUUACAUUAUGUGCCACUCUGGAUGAAAAUCCAGGUGUAAGAUGCAAAAGCAAUCCAUUGGAUAAUGCCAGCAAACUAGCACACCUUGUUGAGCAAAAGCUUGAAAACUACUACAAAAUUGAUCAACAAAGUCAAGCAAAGAGCAAAACCCACUCCCAGCUUCUAAUAAUUGAUCGUGGUUUUGACCCUGUGUCAACUGUGCUCCAUGAACUUACUUUUCAGGCAAUGGCUUAUGAUCUGCUACCAAUUGAAAAUGAUACAUACAAAUAUAAGCCAGAUGGUGGAAAUGGUAAAGAAAGGGAAGCUGUUCUAGAGGAUGAUGAUGACCUCUGGGUGAAAAUCCGACACAAGCAUAUUGCAGAUGUUUUGGCAGAAAUACCAAAACUUAUGAAAGAAGUUUCUUCAAAAAGAAAGGCAACUGAUGGGAAACUGUCUUUAAGUAAUCUUACUCAGCUCAUGAACAAGAUGCCCUAUUUCCGCAAACAGAUUUCUAAGCAAGUAGUACAUCUUAAUAUUGCUGAAGAUUGCAUGAAUAAGUUUAAGAACAAUAUAGAAAAGCUUUGUAAAGUUGAACAGGAUUUGGCUCUUGGAAUGGAUGCCGAGGGACAGAAAGUUAAAGACUCCAUGCGAGUCCUCCUUCCGGUGCUGCUCAAUAAGAGCCAUGAUAACUAUGACAAGAUAAGAGCCAUCCUUCUCUAUAUCUUCAGCACAAAUGGAACUACACAAGAGAACCUGGACAAGCUGAUCCAGAAUGUACAAAUAGAAAAUGAUAGCGACAUGAUAAAAAAUUGGAAGUACCUUGGCGUACCUGUUGUCACCACAUCUACAUCGCAACGUAAAUUGUCAAGGAGGGAUCGUUCUUCAGAAGAAACUUUUCAGCUUUCUAGAUGGACGCCUGUCAUUAAGGAUGUUAUGGAGGAUACUAUCGAAAAUAAACUGGAUUCAAAAGAGUGGCCUUAUUGUUCCCAGUGCCCUGCACCCUGGAAUGGUUCUGGAGCAGUGAGUGCUCGUCAUAAACCCAAAACUAGUUAUUUAGAUGACCGGAAGAGUGGCUCAAAGCUGAUUGUGUUUGUCAUUGGUGGCAUUACAUAUUCUGAGAUGCGCUGCGCAUAUGAAGUUUCUCAAGCCUAUAAGUCUUGUGAAGUUAUUAUUGGUUCCACUCACAUUGUGACACCUAGAAGACUACUGGAUGAUGUAAAAGCACUCACCGUAACAAAAUCAAAGGAUACAUUCUACUUCAAGAAUGAAUAAAGAUUAUAAUGUUCAAAGAUUUUCAGUUGUGCUUAACUUGAAAGAUCUUAAGAACAUAUGUAAUAUAAAUAUUAUGGGCACAGUGUAUCCAUAGUGAAACACAUUUAAGUUUCAUAGAUUUCAGUGGGAGUCAUUUAAGCAUGUGCGUGAUUCUCCCAUUGACAUUGGUGGGACUUAAAGGGGUUCAGCUUGAACUGGAUUGUACCCUAUGUGUAAAUUUUAUAAAUUGGUUCUCAGAGCUCUCUUUGGGACUGUGCGAGUUUCAAUUUAAUUGGAUAUCUUUUUAUAAUUUGAAAUCUGCUUUUCAUUAGAGCUUGUGGGAAAGUAGUGGAUAAGAAUGAAGAAAUGUACAUAAUGUGUGUUUGUAUUCAUGUACUUAUAGUUGGCAUUUCACUGUGAAAUGUUUGGUGCAGAGAAUGUUCACUGCAAUGUGCUAUGCUAGGACUUGGCAAAACAGGUUUGUAUAUUUGCUAAUGACUUCAGUAAUAACGUGUAAACUUUAUAUUCUGGAAAUAUGUCUGUUUCUAAAAAUAUGAUUAUAAAAGGUCCAUGAGCUUAACAUAUGUUGUAAAUAAAAAUGUAUAGCACAAUUUCACAACUGCAGUGCAACAAGCUGUAAAACUCGAUGCAAUAUGUAAGAAUUCACUGAAAGCAGUUUGCAGUAAGGCACAGAAUAUAAGAAAUCCUAUUAUCCUGAGAAAUCUGAGAUGAAAUAUUGUUUGUGUGUCUGGGAUUCGCAUGGAUCUCUGUAUGGUAUCUGGGUGAAGUUAAUCAUGAAAGUAGUAAACAUUUUACCAUCAUUAAUAAAGCUUUGAAAAGCGUGA